AUGGAAAGACCUGUUGAAGAACACCGUAAGACUUGCCUUCAGGAAGACGAGGAAGAGGUUGUUGCAGCCUCCAGUAUCUCUUCGAAUCUGUGCUUGAACAAUGUGGAAAAAAUGCAGGAAGACAUGCUGGAGAAGGCCAGGGAGCUUUUCCGACUCUGUGACAAAGAAGAGAAGGGCUUUAUAACCAAGUUUGACAUGCAGAGGCUGCAGAGUGAACUGCCCCUGACUACCGAACAACUGGAGUCUGUUUUUGACAGCCUAGAGCAAGACAAUAAUGGAUAUCUCACACCAGUUGAAUUCAGUAUGGGACUAGGGAAGUUCGUAGGAAUUGAGCAGUACCAGAGCCCUAGAAGCCUUAGACAUGAGGAGACCUUUGAAUCAGGCUGGUCUGAUGACUUGGACCAGGCAGAUGAGGAGGAGAAGCAGUUUUGUUCCAUGAUGGAGCAGUUGGAAGCAUCCCAGGUUUUUGAAGACCAGAGUGACGUUCAGGAGCUUUGGGCUCGACUCCAGAAAGAACAGCCCGAGCUCCUGACCAGUUUUGAGGAGUUCCUGUUCCGCAUCUCUUCUUAUAUCAAAGAAGUGCACCAUGAGAAGGAAUCCAUGGAACAGGCUCUGAAACGGAGGGAGGGAGACCAUGACAGAGAAAUCAGGUGUCUCUAUGAAGAAAUGGAGCAACAAAUUAAAGCAGAAAGGGAACGGCUGCUCUGCCAGGAGUCGAUGAGGCAUGACAGGAGCAACCUGCUGCAGAAAGAGCUGCAGAACAAAGAGCAAGACUUUGAGAAAAUCCUCUACCGGCAGAAAAAGUUAGAACAUCAGUUGCAGUCUAUCAAUUCUGAACAGUUGGAGAUGCGGGUACAAAAUGAGAGACUGCGGCUUCUAAAUGAAAAUCUCCUGGAACAACUGGAGAGAAGCAAAUGGGAGCUGGAAGUCGCCCGGGGCCACCUGGAACAGUUGCAGAAAGAAGCUCAGCUAGAACAGCAGCAGAAGGACAGGGCUGUAAUUCGAGUUGCCAAGAACAUGCAGAAAGAGAAACAAAGCCUCCUGCGACAACUAGAACUGCUCAGGGAGAUGAACAAGAAGCUGCGCGAUGAGAGAGAUGCCUUUGAAGCCAAGAAGCUGGUUAGUCUGAGACCAAAAAUUGUAGCCUCCAGUCAUCUUCCCUUGGCCUGCUGCUGUUGCUGCCAUCCCAUGGGGUCAUUCCAGUUACAUGGGGGACAUUGACCGAGGCCUUGUGUU